AUGCAGGCACUCGGGGUCCCUUUUUUGCUGUUUUCUGGGCUUUUCUGGGGCCACUCCUGCGCUCUCAGCGGAAAAGUCAACAAGCACAAGCCGUGGAUAGAGACAUCUUACCAUGGUGUGAUCACAGAGAACAUGGACACGGUGUUGCUGGACCCUCCACUUGUAGCUUUGGACAAGGAUGCCCCGGUCCCCUUUGCUGGGGAGAUUUGUGCCUUUAAGAUCUAUGGUCAGGAGGCUCCAUUCGAGGCAGUGGUAUUGAAUCGCACAUCAGGGGAAGGAGUCCUGAGAGCCAGUGGCCCUGUGGACUGUGAGAGUCAGAAAGAGUACACCUUUAUUAUCCAGGCCUACGACUGUGGAGCUGGACCCAGCGGGGCUGACUGGAAGAAAUCUCACAAGGCGGUGGUUCACAUCCAGGUGGAUGACGUCAAUGAGUUUUCCCCUGUGUUUCGGGAGCCACUGUACAAAGCAUCUGUUACAGAAGGAAAGAUCUAUGACAGCAUUUUGCAGGUGGAAGCUUGGGACCAAGACUGUUCUCCACAGUACAGCCAGAUCUGCAACUAUGAAAUAAUCACUGCAGGCACACCAUUUGCCAUAGACCGCAAUGGUAAUAUCAGAAACACAGAGCGACUGAGCUAUGACAAGCAGCAAAGCUACAAGAUUAUGGUGACGGCCUUUGACUGCGGUCAGAAGAGAGCAAGAGAGGAUGUUGCUGUGCAUAUUGAUGUCAAGCCUGUCUGCAAACCUGGAUGGCAAGGAUGGAACAAGCGGGUGGACUAUGAGCCAGGGACUGGGAGCAAGCAACUGUUUCCUAAGAUGCACUUGGAAACAUGCGGUGGUCCCUUAUCUGGUGUGAGAGCCAUGGUAGAGCUGCAGACCAAUCACAUUGGGAAAGGCUGUGACCGGGAAACUUACUCUGAGAAGUCUUUGCAAAAACUCUGUGGUGCAGCGUCAGGCAGCACUGAUCUCCUUCCUGCCCCCAGCCCUUCCACUAACUGGACUGCGUCUUUGCUGACUGACAGCGGGCGAGACAGCGACCUCAUCUACCAAUUCGAUGGACACCGGGCCGCCAAUGUCCCAGAUCACGUAGUGCCCCAAAACCUGACUGAUCAGUUCACCAUAGCAACAUGGAUGAAACAUGGACCCAGUCCAGGACUUAGAGCUGAGAAGGAAACCUUACUUUGUAGCUCUGACAAAACUGAAAUGAAUCGACACCAUUACUCUUUGUAUGUUCACAACUGCCGUCUGGUGUUCCUGCUCAGAAGAGAUUUCACUCAAGUCGACACUUUCAGACCUGCCGAGUUCCACUGGAAACUGGAGCAGAUCUGUGACAAGGAAUGGCACUAUUAUGUGAUCAACGUCGAAUUUCCUGCAGUGACACUAUUUGUGGAUGGUGUGACCUAUGAACCCUAUCUGGUGACAGAUGACUGGCCAAUCCACGCCUCAAAGAUUGAUACGCAGCUGACUGUGGGCGCCUGCUGGCAAGGUGGUGAAGUAGCAACCCCAAGGUUCACCCAGUAUUUCCAUGGCAGCCUGUCAGGUCUGACAAUCCGACCAGGCCGCAUUGAAACCCAGAAGGUUAUCUCCUGUUUGCAGGCCUGCAAAGAAGGCCUUGAUAUCAAUUCCCUUGAAAGCCUUGCUAAGGACAUCAAGUUCCAUUUUAACCCUGCACAGUCUGUGCUGGUGGUAGAAGGACAGGAUGUGGACAGCAUCAACACAGCAAUGACCAAAGUCUCUUACAUUAACUCUCGCCAGUUCCCUACGCCUGGUCUGCGACGAUUACACAUCGCCACUACUGUGCAGUGUUUCGGGGAGGACACGUGUCUCUCCAUCCCGGACAUUAAGGCAGUAGUUAUGGUCCUUCCUCCCAGUGAACCGAGAAUCACCAUUACAGGAUCUAAUCGACUCGUCAGGCCUGCCAGCGACCUGCGGGGCCCGCUGGGUGUGGCUCCGUUCAAAGAGCUUCACAUCACCAGCACAGUAAUGAAGGGAGACAGCUUCGGUGGAUCCCGCAGGCCAGGUGUGAUGGAGGUCAUGCAUAACCUGGACUACUGUGACAUCCUGGUGAUUGGGGAAGAACUGAAUCCUGACAGAGAGAGUCUGGAGAUUCAUCACAGUGCUUUGUUGGGAAAACAUCUGGAUGCUACCAACUCCACCUCUGGCAUAUCAAUAUAUGGUGUGGAUUCCAUGGCCCACUACGAGCAGGCACUGAGGCAGGUGCGCUACAGGAAUGGGCGUCCUGCCUCCCUGAAUGAAAGAAAGUUUAGACUCACGUGCUCUGAACUCAACGGGAGAUAUACCAGCAAUGAGUUCAACUUGGAGGUCAGUCUUCUUCACCACUCCGCACCAGUGGAGCAUAUCAACCAUAUGGCCGCUCAGCCCCAGUACAUGAGACCCGUCCACCACCCACUCAUGAUACACACUAUGAACUCACACAUGUCAGGGGCAGCACCUCCCGCAGCCACAGCAGUUAUUGUGGUUUGUAUCGCCGCCCUGGUGGUGAUUGUGGUGAUUGGCGUCUACAGAAUCCACACCACACAUCAGGAGGGGUCUAGAGAGGAUGAGGAUGGAGUGAAAGAUGCUGACGUGGACUGGGACAAUUCCGCACUCACCAUCACUGUCAACCCCAUGGAGAACGUAAGAGGAGAUCAGACACUCAAUGAAGAGGUAAAAGAAGAAGAACGCGAGGAGGAGGAGGAGGAGGAGGAGGAAGAAGAAGAGGAUGAAGAACAGGUGGGAGGAAUGAUAAGUACCGAGUCAGACAACAGUGAUGAAGAGGACGAGGAGGAGGAAGAGGAGGAGAGGGAAGAGGCGAAGGGGAGAAAGCAGAAGGGAAAGCUUGAGUGGGACAGUUCCUCCAUUACAUACUGA